GCCUUAGCACAAAUACAGGGACUUUUUAGGCCUCCUUUUUCUACUUCUCUUCUCUUCCUUUUUCGACGUUACCUACUUCUUUUUCGUUUUCUACGAACAUGAGUUCUAACGGCACUCUGGCAGUCACUUGCCCUACUGAGCCUGGCUUGCGAGCUCAGGACGGCUUCAAUCCAUCGUUUGACUUUUCCAAUGUGUUGACAGACCCAACAGCAAACUGGCAUAUUAUCGGCUGGUUGGUUUCAGCUGGUUUAUGUUUGAUUACCUGGAUUGUCUCCUUAAUUGGUAUCUCCCGCCAUUUGCGAAAUUACUACGAUCCGGAAAUUCAACGACAUAAAGUACGCAUCCUGCUCUACCCACCCGUCUAUGCCACAUUAUCCUUUGUGGAAUACUUGCGCCCUGAUUAUUCAACGACCAUUAGUUUUUUCGCUACCUUGUUUGAAGCCUUGGCUGUUUACAACUUGUACAUUUGCUUACAAGCGUUGUUGGAGCCUUUUUAUAAGGAAGCCAAUGGCCGUAAGGAAGCCUACGCAACCAAAGUCAUGGGCAUUUGGAAACUCAACCUGAAAUCGAAAUGGGGUAUGCACUACCGUAUCAUCACCGACAUUAUGGUGUUUCAGUUUCCCAUUUGGAGUAUGCUGGACGCCUUCAUAUCCAUUUUCGCAGAGCUUAAGGGAAGAUACUGUGCUGAAGUCUAUUCGGUCAAGGGCGCUUAUCUUUGGUUGACCGUCAUCAACUUUGGCUCUUUGUCUGUUAUUCUUACUGCGCUGUUCACCUACUUGGCCGUCUUUGGACCAGAAUAUAAGCGUGGCCACAUCCCCGCACACGGCAUGUUCUGGUGUGUCAAGGGCCCCAUUAUGAUCAUCUUCUAUGUUGGUGAAAUCUUGCUCUCUCUUUUGGUCACUUUCAAUGUCAUCAAGGGUACAGAUGGCAGCGCAAGUCAUGACGGAACGCCAUGGACAGCUCAAGCAGUCCGGUUUGGCAUUUAUGUCCUCUUGGUUUGCGUAGUCAUGACGGUUGUCAGCGUACUCAUGUUAAAGUACUUCGGAAUCAAAUCCACACAGCAUCGAAUCAUGGACGACACGAUUUACCUAGAUCGUUCGAACAAAAUGACCGUCUGGCAGGCUGUUGUGGACUCUCUUUUUAAAUUCAUUCCAGAGCUCUUUGGUAACAUCCUAUGCUGUGGCGUUGACUCCUUUAGAUUGGCUCGAAAACGGGUGGAAAUGCGAGGUAGACAACAACGAGAGCUGCAAAUGGAAGGCGACGAUGGUACCGGACACCCAAUGUUUCCAGUCACGCAGGAUGAAGGAUCCCAACCGUUGAACUCUGGUCCUACUGCCGAACCACCCUACAAUACCUACAUGCCCUCUCAAUCAAACAAUGCUUACAUGCCAUAUGCAGAUCAACGCAAUGGUCAAAAUACAUAUGCACAACCUGCGCCAUCAGCCGAUGGUUAUGGAUAUCCAGAACACAAGGCUGCAUACAACAAACUUUAAUACAUUUUUUAUCUCGACAAAGCGUUCAACUUGCGCUAAAUGUAUAUAAUAUACCUAACGGACACCCUCAUGACGUCUAGCAAAAGGAAUAGAAAGAAAGAAACAUUUGCUUCAGCAAUACCUAAUCGUGGUCUUCUCAAGAAUUUUUGUGUUUUUUAGUAUGAAUAAAAUUUUUCUACCAGUGCAGUUUAUUGUAAAGGAACAAACAAAGAUGAAUGUGCUAGGGAUUUUUUGAGGGAGUUUUGGGGGAUUGCG